UGUUGUGGUGGUGGUGACGUGGCUCAGAUCUCACUGACCAUCACCAGGUCAUUUGUGAUUGGUUGAAAGCCCUGCUCCCUGAUUGGCUGAGGAGAACGUGACGUUAUUUGAAUGCGCCGAAAAAGAAGAAGGGGGAGAAAUGGAGAGAGUUUUGUGUGAGGAACACGGAACUGCUUGUUUCCUGAAGACAGGAGUACGAGAUGGAGCCUCCAAAGGAAAGAGUUUCUAUAUCUGCGGAGCACGCCAUGGAUCUCCAUGUUCAUUCACACAGGUCGCUGACGUUCCUGUGUCUCACUGCCUGCUCCAUGAAGGUUCGAUGGUGGAACUCCAAGCCCUCUUCAGAAAAUUGAAUACUGAACCAUACCGGUCAUACUAUCGAUGUGUUGAAGGGAAGGCAGAUGGAAUGAAGUGGUGUGGAAACAUACCCUGGCAGGAAUCCAAAUCAAAACCGUCAUCAGUUGAAAGAAGUAGCCAGCGUGUUCCAGAAGUGUCCCACCAUUCCAAGAAGCAGGAACGCAAUCCUUUCAAAACUAAAAGUGAGAAUCACAAACCAUUGGAUUGGAAAGAUGUCACUAAAAGCAGGCAGAAGAACGAGACUGAGUGUGAACAAUCCCUGAAGCACAACAAGAAUGCAAAUGAGAUGCUGAAACCAAAGUAUCUGUUGGAAGCUAGUGAGCAGGAAGCAAAAGAGUUUCUUGAAGCGGUGAAGACUGAGAAAAAGUCGUCUGACAUUGAAAAGAUUGACCGCCGUAAAGCAGCUGAAGCAAAAAUAAAUCCUGGUGUUAAAUGUCAGGUAGGAACAGAGGAAUCUGAUUUUAAGGAAAAAAGGAGUGUUCAAGAUAGAAUGUCUUUAAAGCCAUCCAUACGUUUGGAAAAUGAGAAAGGAACAAACUCAAGGUCAUCUCAAGCCGGGGAGGAAGAUAAAGUGCACUUAUGUAGAAGAGAGAAUGUCCGUAAAGAAGUAAUGGUGAAGCAAUCGUUGAAGUAUAGGGAUUUUACAACAAUAGAGAAUGUAUCCUCGAAAGGACAACAGCCAAGUGACAGAGCAGUGUUAAAUCAUAAAAGUGAAGCCAGGUGUGAAGAUGAAAAACUCAGCAGCACUGAUGGAUGUUGUGUGAUCAGGUCAUCCCAGCAGACAGAAGAGGAAGAUGGUAAGGAAAGCAACUCAGUGCCGGUACAAAGAGCCAAAACUAGACCUGGUGAUUCUGGGCAUUGUUCAGUUCCUUCUCUAAAUGCCACUGAAUCAAGUAGAAAAACGAACAAGGCAAACAAAUUGCCUGAGCUCAUUCACACCGAAACGUGCGCUCAAAAUGGAGAGAAAAGUGGCCCCAUUGAAUCAGGGCAAGCUAUACCCAGGAGCGAGGUGGUGGGUGUCAAGCAGACGGCAGAUAUGAAGAAACCCCAGAUAAUUAAUGGACAGAGAACACUCCUAUCAUUUCCUGGGUUUGAACAUGUACCUCAGCACACGCAAAACAAGAAAACUAUGCGUGAGCAGCUGACCAUUCAGCUUAAACAAAAGAAGACUACUCUGGCAACUGUGAACAUUGCUGCACUUCCUGAUAAAGGUCAGAGGUUAAUUAAUCAGGUCAAAGACCUGGAAGAUGCACUCAGUUCACUCUGUCUGUCUGCUGCAGAUGAAACAGAAGAGAAAGGAGAGAAGACAACGGAUACUCAAACCAAUCCCUUUGACAAAAGCCGUGCCUAUUUAGAUAAAUCGGUGCCUUAUCAGGAUUCCAGAUUGGGUGCAGAAGCUUCAUGUUUUAAUAAUGGUUCCUACGCAGGAUCAAGCCAUUUUUAUACUCCGGCAUAUGGAGCCACUCCGCAUCAGCAGAGCCUAUAUGGGGGUCGAAUGACUGAAGACAAGCAUCUUGCUGUCAAGAAUGUAACGAGCGAGGCUAUUGAACAUCUCCAUAAAUCAUUGGAGUCCUGCCCGACUACAUCAGAUGAGGUUGAGAUUCCACGACAUCUCAAGGUCCAGUUGCUGCCUCACCAGAUACAGGCAUUGGCAUGGUUACUAUGGCGAGAAACACAGCAACCGUCAGGUGGCAUUCUAGCGGAUGACAUGGGUUUGGGGAAAACACUGACAAUGAUUGCAGUCAUCCUAGCGCAACGGUAUAAGGGGACGAAAGAAAACAAGAAAGAAGAGAAAAGGCUAACUGAGUGGAUCUCUAAAUAUGAUAAUGCUCCUGUAACAUCCAGUGGGACACUAGUGAUCUGUCCAGCGUCUCUAAUAUACCACUGGAAAAAUGAAAUUGAACGGCAUGUUACUGGAAGGAAACUGAGUGUGUACCUGUACCAUGGAGCAAAGCGAGAGAAACAAGCAAGAGUGCUGUCAGAAUUUGAUGUAGUGGUGACAACCUACAGCCUUGUUGCAAAGGAGCUCCCGGUGAAGAAGGAAGGUGGAGAACGUGCAGGCAAAGAUGAUGUUAAGAAGGAUGACUUGGCUGCUGGAAAGUCUUUUCAUUCUCCUCUGCUGAAGGUGACCUGGGCCCGAAUCAUUUUGGACGAAGCUCACAACAUUAAAAACCCCCAUGUGCAGACAUCAUUGGCAGUGUGCAAACUCCAAGCUGCAGCACGUUGGGCUGUCACAGGGACACCCAUCCAAAACAACCUACUGGAUAUGUAUUCGCUGCUCAAGUUCCUUCGUUGUUCCCCGUUUGAUGAGUUCAAGCUGUGGAAGAAUCAAGUGGACAACGGUACAAAGAGAGGUGGUGAACGCCUGAAUAUUAUCACCAAAAGCCUUUUGUUGCGCCGAUUGAAGAACCAACUUAACUCUAGCGGGGAACCACUGGUCUCCUUGCCUCAACGAUUUAGCCAGUCUCAUAAAUUAAAACUGUCGGAAAACGAGCAAGCUGUUUACAAUGUCCUGUUUGCUCGUUCCAGAUCAACUUUGCAGUCCUAUCUAAAGAGACACGAGGGCAAGAAUUACAAAACGAGUUCCUCAUCAGGUUCUGACAAUCCCUUCCACAGAGUGGCCCAGGAGUUUGGAGUUGAGCCGACUGCCGCUGGUCAUUUUGUAAGCCAGAAGGCUUCUCACAGCUCGAGCACUGUCCAUAUCCUUUCCUUACUGCUGAGGCUUCGGCAGUGCUGUUGUCAUCUCUCCCUGCUGAAGAUGACUCUCGAGCAAACAGAAAUGGAAUCUGAGGGUAUCAGCCUGUCCCUGGAGGAACAGAUGAAUGCAAUGUCAUUGACAGAGGUCACAACUUCCGAGCCCAAAUCAAUGGUCCUUUUGAAUGGUACUAGCUUCGAAGCUGAACUUUUUGAACAAACCAGGGAGAGCACAAAGAUCACCGCACUGUUGACAAAGCUAAAGGCAAUCAGCAGCAGCCGAGAGCCACAGAAAAGUGUGGUGGUCUCUCAAUGGACCAGCAUGCUGCGUGUAGUGGCAGAACACUUGGAUCGGAUCAAGCUGAGCUAUGUAACCAUAGAUGGCUCUGUGACUCCUAAACGGCGCAUGGAUUUUGUGGAGGAAUUCAACACUAACCCGAAAACUAUUCAGGUCAUGCUGGUCUCUCUGUGUGCUGGGGGUGUGGGUUUGAAUUUGAUUGGAGGAAACCACCUCUUCUUAUUAGACAUGCACUGGAACCCAGCGCUGGAGGAGCAGGCCUCCGAUCGAAUUUACCGCGUAGGGCAACAAAAGAACGUCACCGUGCACAGGUUUGUGUGCGAGGGAACUGUCGAAGACAAAAUUUUUGAACUGCAAGAGAAGAAAAAAGAACUGGCAAAGAAGGUGUUAUCAGGGACUGGAGAAUCCUUCACUAAGCUCACACUGGCGGACCUCCGGAUUCUUUUUGGUGUCUGAGUUUUAGAGGAAGGAUGUUCAGCAAAUCUAAUUGUUGAUCAACAGAGCACUCUUAACAGUUCUCAUUAAAGAGAAUCCUAGAGUCUGUCAAUCUACAGAAAAGAGCCCAGUUGAAAAUACUGGAAGUCCUGAACAUUUUUUGCCAAAUAUAUAUACUGUAAUAGUUAAUUUGAAAUCUUAUGAUCGCAACUUACAAUAAUUACAUUGCUUUUUGACCUAUUUCCAUCUAUCAAGAGUGCCUCACUUCCUUUCCCAGCGCUCAACUCAAACUCUUCUGGAGGCAUGGGGAAGAGUACCACUUGGUUCAUAUACCUGAUACAGUUAGAUCAUAAAGAGCCUGAUGAGAGAUUUCUUUUGACAAAAGUGCAACAAUGCUUUCAAAUGUCUUAUCACAAAACCUAAAGGUUUCAAUUUUAUUUUAAAAACUUGAUGUUUGCUAUUAUCUGAAGGCAGGGGCCCAAUGCAUCACUAACAAUAAAUUAUUUUAGUUAAUGAA